AUGGCGCUUCAGCUGCCAUUCCCACUGCUCUCUUCCUCCUUAUCAUCAUUCCCCUUGUUAUCUUCUUCACACUGCAAAAUUUACUCAAUUCCCUUUACUCAUAAACCUCUUUUAUCUUCCUCCAAUGUACAAAUUCUUGGAUUUAGUAGCAGAAGCACUUCACUGGGGCCUCUGUUUGUCAGUAAAGAAGACACCCAAUUGACUAAUGAGGAAGAAAGUUCCAUUUCCACUGCAACCCAACAAGAUGACGAUGACCCGGAUCCUGAAUCGCUUGAAUACGCGUUGGAACUUCUUAAGAGGAAUCGGGAUAUGCUUUUCGGUGAGGUGUGA